AUGAGUACCCUCCUCCAAACUGCUCCAAGAAAUCCUUUCGGCUCUCCUAUCGAACCUCCACCAAGACCCAGAUCCAUGGCUAUUCUACCUCAAAACAGUAAUACCUCCCCUAAAUCGAGUCAAGAAGAUUCGACGCAGAUGACCUCUCCCGCCCCUCCGAAUAUGGGCCCCCCGGGGCAAGGGAGUCCCGAAGUGGAACAGGGAAAUAAUGCCAAUGGCAAUCGGGACCAGAAUGCUCUCCCCGCAAAUAGUGCCGCCGCGGCGGGGGCCGUGGGAGCGUCACAAGGACCAAAAGUGGUGCAGACGGCUUUCAUUCACAAGCUCUACAGCAUGCUGGAAGAUCGCAGCAUUCAACAUCUGAUUUCGUGGUCGAACACCAACGAAAGCUUUGUCAUGUCUCCCUCGAACGAGUUCUCCAAAGUCCUCGCUCAGUAUUUCAAGCACACCAACAUAUCCUCCUUUGUCCGCCAACUGAACAUGUACGGCUUUCACAAGGUCAGCGAUGUUUUCCAUACCGGUUCCCCCGAAUCCGCCCUUUGGGAAUUUAAACACGGAAACGGCAAUUUCAAGAAAGGUGAUUUGAUGGGCCUGAGGGAGAUCAAACGGCGGGCCUCUCGGCACACGUUAAUUCAUCGAGAUUCAUUCUCCAACGCGAAGCCGGGUGUGUCGCAACCCGGUACCCCCGCCGAAGUCAUGCCCGAUGCCGAUCAGCGCCUGGCCGGACUGGAACAGGCAUUCUACGAUGUCCACGCCAGACUACAAAGGACAGAAGAGAGUUACGCCUUGAUGAGUUCGAAGUGCCAAGCGCUGACCGAAGGGUUGGUGCGAUGUCACCAAUGGAUGCACAAUUUCACGAGCGCAGUUCAGACUCUGUCGUCCCCGGAUACAGCCUUGUACGCGGACAUCAUGAACAUGCAGAAAGAGAUCGCGCGACAGCUGGAGUUUGUCCGUGCUCUCGAGACACCUCAGGAGUCACUGCAGAACGGAAGACAGGCGUUUUAUCCCAACAACGGAGCAUUGGAACCACCGCUUUCGCCACGAGGGUUCAAUUGUCCUGACAGUCGGAGAUCUUCUGUGCAGAUUGAACCGCAACAUGUGGGGUUGCGACCUCCAGUUCCUCCGAUUCCGCCGCAGUUUUCGUCUUCCCCGCGACGGUUUGGCUCGGUCAGCAUCCCACACGUCUCGCCAGGAUUCAGUCGUCCUGCUCUUCCGCCACAGCCGCCACCGAGCGUACAUCCUUUGGCAUCCGUGGUCACUCCGCCCCCGCUGAACCUCGCCCGGAGACACACGUCAGCCGAUAUUCGAGAACACGGCUGGCCGCCGGGCAAUGCGACUGGAUCACCUUACGCCUCGGGACAGUCAUCGGUGCAUUGGCAACCGUCGUCGCCUCAGCAGGCGCCCCAAGCGGGAGACCAGCAGAUUCGAGACCAACUCGCCCAGUACGAGAUCAAUGGUCCGAAACGACAAAAUGCGACCGCGAACCAACCGACGCCGCCGCUCACCUCCGAGGCUCCUCCUGCCGGGCUGGGAGUGGAAAAUGUUUCGUGGACGUUGGGAGGAAAUAAAUUUCCUCGUCCGAAUUUUGAGUUGCAUUCGGCUCCGGCUACCCGCAGGGGAAGUAUGGCGACAUUACACUCUCUUCUCAAUCCUGCCGAAACUGCAGAACAGGAAAAUGAGGAUGAAGGUUCUAACGACGACCGAAAACGGAAACGACUGCAAUGA